AUGGCAGAUACCCCGGCAAAAAAGGCGAAACGACGAGCGACGAUUUUUGUGACGGGUCCGCAGAGCAAGAAGACCAUUUACGAUGAUGACGAGGAGAUUGUUGUUCCCGAUCAACAGAAGCAACAGCAGACUCUCCAAGAUCUCACACUUGCUCGCCAACGUCUGAAUAAUGAGUUGGCAGUGGUGAAUACGGCUUCAGGAAUCGAGAUUCUCGUUCAAAUUUUUAUGGAUGAAAUGGAGAUUUUGAGACACAGAAUUCGUGAGAAAGGGCUCAGAAUGCGCACGUUCUUUUCGGACGGCACAACGAAGAUUCGGGCGGUGCUCUUCAGAAUUUUCUCGAAAUCGAUAAGCUCCAGAACAAUGAUAGAGUACAAGAAUGAAGCAAAAGUGAUAAUGAAUGAGCUAAACGAUGCAACGAAUACAUAUAAAAUGCCGAGAUAUACACUGAAUGAUAUGGAAGAAAUCUUGUUGACUGAUGAUUUGGAGGAAGGGAUUGUUCAGCGGCGUACAGAGAAAUGGACACAUCUUCCGAAGAGACCGAUGCAGUUUUAUGAGGAGGAUGAGGAUGCAUUCUGUGAAUUCAGAAAACUAAAUGUUCCAAUGUCGAUGACGUUUGAUGAGGAUGAGGAGGAUAGAUUGAGUAUGCCGAGUACCCGAACUGGAGUGACACAGUACACCGCUGAAGAUCAAAUGGCGGCGAUUCAAAAUCAGUUGGCGAUGCUUUCGAAGCAGCUGAUGAGUCUUCAGAAGGGAGGAGGUGUUGAAGUGAAGAGAGGAUCGUCGAGAGCCAGUUCCAGAAGAGGUGUCAAGAUUAUGGAAAAGAAAUCCUCCAUCGAAAUCUCUUCUACCUCUUCUUCAUCUGACGUCUCCGAGGAUGAAGGGAAGGGACCUUCCGUGUGCUCGCCGUCGCUCUCUUCGAAUCGAAAAACUUCUGAAUCCUGCCGCUCCACUGCUUCCGUUCAAAUCGCACCCAUUUCCGUGGCUCCACCGCCACCCCCACCGCCCCCACAGCUUCUUCCAAGCGCUUCGAAAGCUUCAGAAGUCAAGAAGACUCCAUUGAAGCCAGUCAACAAGGCAGCACCCAAUUCGUUGCCCCCCGCAGAAGUUAUUACCUCAAAUCGGCCGUACUUGACGGAUAUCGCACAUGGAAGAAGUCUCUUGAAAAAGACUGUUAGGUCCCCGGGAGGCUCUCCAGCGUGCCAAGACCGCCACCUCAAGCGCCCUGUCUCCUCCUUCGAAGCUGCUCUUCGCGACCGAUUCCGCGGAUUCCAUGGUGACACUUCAUUCUCCGAACAAGAAGAAAACGGAGAGGAUGAUGAUGUGAAUGCCACGUGGGAUGAAUGA